AUGAGGUUUGGAUUAUUUGUGACAAUCAAACACUUGCCAUCUACAGAUUUUCAAUGUAAAGAUAACAAACUUGGAUUUGGAAAAACAAAUAACAAGACUGAAGGACCCUGUGACAUUGGAAGUGAAGGCAGCAUAACAUAUAUAUGUGAUUCAAAACAAUGGAAACCAAUACAGAACAACUGUGUACUCAAAGUGAUCAAAGAUCUUGAGAGCAAAGCGCAGGUCUUGGUUGUAGGUGACAUCCCAGAGUUCAUGGCAAACCUCAGUAACGCUGCGGAGCAGAAUGAUGCUAAUAUAACACAGUCUGCUGCAACUGUCCAAACAAUUGUUGAUAUCCUUUUUAAAAUUGCUGAUUUGUCAAAAAGCAUUACCAUCAAUAAACCUGUAAUGGAGAGUUUCCUAAAAACAGUGGACAUCAUUGUGUCAGAUAAUUCCAGCAAUACUUGGAAAGAUUUGAACAAUAACACCAUGUCAGGAAACACCAGCAGCAUUAAACUUCUGCAAGCUAUUGAGAAUAUAAGUGAUCGACUGUCAGCUGUGAAUUUUACAUUAACUCAAUCCUCCAUUCAGUUGAAUAGAAUUCAAAUUCAGAACUCAUUCAAUGCAAUUUCCCAACUGCCCAACUCAACUACACAGAUUGUGAUACCAAACGUUCCUGAAUCAACCUACAUAACUCUUAUUAUCUUCACAAAACUUGACAACGUUUUACCAACUCGUAAAACUUCUAAUAAUGACAGCAAGACAUCAGAAAACAGCAUCAAUGGAGACGUGGUUGUUGUUAAGGUUGAUAAAACGAUUAACAACAUUUCAUUUGCUUUCGACAUCACAAAUACAUCAUUAAAAAAUCCUCAGUGUGUCUUUUGGAACUUUUCUCUGGAUCGAUGGGAUUCCAAUGGAUGUAAAGUCAAGUUCUUAUGGAAUGAAACAGUUACAUGUGAAUGCGACCACACAACCUCUUUUUCAAUCCUGAUGUCACCGUUUGCAAUUGAUAACCCUGCCUUAGCCUAUAUAACAUACAUUGGUGUAGCUAUUUCAUUAGCCAGCUUGAUUCUGUGCCUCAUUAUUGAGGCGAUCGUAUGGAAGUCAGUACGAAGAAAUGACACGUCGUACAUGCGCCAUGUCUCAAUAGUCAACAUAGCUGUGUCCCUGCUGAUCGCAAACAUCUGUUUUAUCAUCGGAGCUGCAAUUGCAGACCAAGAUCAGCAAACAUCAGUGGGUCGCUGCAGUCCAGUGGUUUUCUUCAUGCACUUUUUUUACCUGGCUGUUUUUUUCUGGAUGUUCAUUUCAGCACUUUUGCUCCUUUACCUAACUGUCAUGGUCUUUUCUCUGAUGACAAGGGCUAAAAUGAUGGUCAUUGCGUUCACUGUUGGUUAUUGUGCACCUUUGCUCAUAGCCGCUAUUACUGUCGCAUCCACAGCUGGACCUAAAAACUAUAUUUCAAAAGAAAAUGCAUGUUGGCUGAACUGGUUUGAAUCUAAGGCCCUGCUGGCAUUUGUGAUUCCAGCUCUGACCAUUGUUGCCUUUAACCUGUUAGUUUUGAUUAUGGUUGUGUGUAAGAUAUUAAGGAGAGGAGUUGGUGCCCAAUCAGAUGAAAGUAAUACUCUUGUGGUCAUUGCCCGAUGUGUGACGAUUCUGGCUCCAAUCUUUGGUCUAACAUGGGGAUUUGGCAUUGGAACCAUGGUGUCACGUAAUUUUGGCAUUCAUGUGGUGUUUGCAAUCCUCAAUUCACUGCAGGGAUUCUUUGUUUUAGUGUUUGGAACGCUAACAGAUAAGAAAGUCACUGAGUCACUGGCAGGAAACUUGUCAUUAAUGAACCUCACUUCCACUCGUACCAGGAGCACCAGUGCGGGAACACCUUCAAAUAGACUGGGUUUCUUGCAAAGGAAGCAGAGGAGAAAUGUGUUCAACACGUCUGAUCCCAGCGCAGCUACAUCCUCAAACCACUUCAGUGCCUCAGAUACAUAAACUUCUUUGGGAAAAAAAGCCUUUGUGAUGUGCGUCAUCCGCAUCCUCAGGGAGAAAAUAUUUUAAUGUUCAAAGAUGAUUACUGUAAAUUUAGUGUUACAGUUAGAUUUGAUGUUGUAAUGUGUAAAGCAAAUGACGACCGCUGUUGGUGGUUAUGUGGUCCAUGUGUUGAUUUGGUUUGUUUUCACAAUUUUUACUGAAUGCUUUCAUGGUAGGUUUAUUUUUUUAGACACAACAUAUACAUUAUGUCUUACUUUUUAAAAGAAAGUACUUUUAACAAUGAACCAUACUUAGUUCACAAAUAAAUCUCUUUAUGAGUCUUGCAAUUCUUUUUAAUAAAAUGGACAAACUGUCAGGACCCUUUCUCAUAGUUUCUAACUAGUUUAUCAGGCCAUGUGCCUUGCCUGUCUCAUCCAUGACCCCGCCCCCUUGUCGCCUCGUUAAUCAUCCUAUUAUUGUUUGAUUCAUGUCACCCGCAAGUCAAGUCGAGUAUAUUGUCUAGACUAGUGUUUGGUUUGUUAAUGUUGUUUUGCCCUCUUAUGGGUUUUGUUUUUCUUUUUGUCCUUAAUAAAAUUUUAGUU